AUGUCUCUUAUCGAGCGACCUUCCUCCACCAACUUUAAAUCGCAAUCCUACACAUUGGAAGCCACUACCCACUCUCCUCUCCCUUCGUCUCCAUUAUCCGACCUCACUGUCGUUGUUUCUUCUGGUACUCUAUCUUUUGAGCACGAUCUUCAACCUGAAUAUGACACCGAAAUAUCUGACUCCAAUUUGCGGCAUAUUGGUCUUCAUCUAAAAUCUGAGUCACAAGAAGAGGCAGAUCCUAGAGUGUCGAUAGAAGGGAAUUCCAUAACAGACCAAAUUGAUGUGGUGCCUUCAGUAAUUUCUUUUGAGGGACGAGGACACGAAGCACUAGCUGGGGACGAUCUGGCGGAUCAGUUCGAAAUGAAACUUUCCGAGACGCCAUGCUUUGAAGAAAAACAUAUUGGAACAGGGGCUGGUGAGCUCAUCUUCGGCUAUCCUGCAACUUCUUUAGCCAUUAAUUUUUACUUAAAAUCAGAACCUUUUUCAUUAAUCAAUAGGUAA